UGUUGGCCCUUAGCGUGGGGGCAUCUUUCUGCGCCAGGCCGCCUCUGCCUUUCAAAAGAUUCCAAAAGCCACCAGAUCUUUCACUCUCUCUAUCGGCUUCCCGACUCUUUUUAGCUAUAAAUUCUGACCCACCUCGUUUUUUACGUUUGCCAAGCUCAUUAGCCUCCCUUUAAUCUCCUCUUUGAUCCUCUCCUACUCAGGGCAAAGAUGGCAACUGCAACUGUUCCCUCUCAAUGCUUGGUCAAAAUUGCAUCCAAAAAUCAGUUUGCUAGCACCAUUAUGAAGAGUCCAUCUUCACUGGGAUCAGUAAGGAACAUUUCCAAGUCUUUUGGCUUGAAAUGCUCCCAAAAUUUUAAAGCAUCAAUGGCAGUGUACAAAAUUAAGCUGGUUGGGCCAGAAGGUGAAGAGCACGAAUUUGAAGCUAGCGAUGAUACGUACAUCCUAGAUGCGGCUGAGAAUGCAGGAGUUGAGCUACCCUACUCUUGCAGGGCUGGAGCUUGCUCUACUUGUGCUGGGAAGAUGGUGUCAGGCUCAGUUGAUCAAUCUGAUGGUUCCUUCCUGGAUGAGAAUCAAAUGGAGGGGGGUUAUCUGCUGACUUGUGUUUCUUACCCAACUUCAGAUUGUGUUAUUCACACGCACAAGGAGGGUGAACUUUGCUGAGUAUUGUUUAUCAUAAUUCAGUAGACUAUGAAGUUUGUGUAAGCCUGUUAAGGAUUCAUAUGAUGGUGAAGGUUCUUUUGGAACUUUGGUACUUUUAGUUCUUUUCUAUAAGUAGUAUUUGGUGAUAUUCAUUCAUCCAGAUUGUACUGGUGAUUCUGUUGUCUAAAAACUUUAAGUUCAUGAAAUGUGACCAUCUUCAAGCUGUCA